ACAUUUCGAUGACAUUACGGGUAUGGAUGUUGUGCUGUUGUGUUAUUGAAUUCAAUCAUAUUAAUUCGACUCAAUACGUAACACAUAAUAUUUCGUUAUAUCAUCAUAGUCCGCCAUCAUAACCAUAUUGUAACAACAUAUUGUGCUCGUAAUUUAUUAUCAUGGGAGAUACUCGUAAAAAGAAAAAGUUUUACUUUCGUAAACGCAGAAAUAAAUAUUUCUUAGAACCCGGCUUUAGAGGUUUCUUCUGCACAUGUAACUUCAGAGAAAAAGACUGCGUGAAAGAAGUUUAUAAUCUGCUGAACGAGUAUGCUGGGAAGUUGUACCCGGACCUGGGGCUCGAGCCGCCGCCUGCAGCGCCUGUUUCCGACGCGCCCGACGACCGGUCGGACAGCGAGUCGGAGGAUGAUACAGAUAUUGGUGACCUGCUGAAGCGUGAGGUGGAGUCCAUGAAAAAGGAUUCACAGAAAUCUCUGCGGCAUAAGAGGUUCCAAGUGGUGGAAACGGGAGCAUCUAAUUGUAUUUUCGUUAAAACAAACUUACCUAGUCCAGAAGAGUUGACUGCAGCCAUAAUAAAAGACUUAGUUUCGACAAGACUACAGAAGACACGGCAUGUGUUACGUUUGCUUCCCAUCAUGGCAACCUGUAAAGCCAACCUGCCCGAUAUCAUGGAGUGUGCUGGCAAGCUGUUUGAUAAAUUCUUCUUGAACGAGGCAUCUUCCUUUGCUGUCAUCUUUAAUAAACGGUUUAACAGUAGUGUCAGUAGGGAGUUGAUAAUCAAGGAGCUGGCAGAGAUGGUGGUUUUGAAGAAUAUUAACAAUAAAGCCGAUUUGAAAAACCCAAGGCUCUGUAUAAUUGUGGAAAUAAUUAAAGGUAUUUGCUUGUUGAGCAUUGUGGACAAUUACUUUACUUAUAAAAAAUAUAAUUUAAAUGAGCUGUGUAAAGAUGAAUCAUCUAAUGAUUCUGAGGAAACCCAAGCCAAGAAGUUCAAGAGUGAUGUGACUACAACAGCAGAAGAAAAUAAAGACGCUUAAUCUAAUAACUUAAGUGAUUUAAUUAUCUCAAUUGCUAUUGUAAUUCUGUAAAUCAGGUUAACAAUAAGCUGACCAUUAGUGUUAAGUCUUAUCUUAUACUUCCAAUCUACUUAAAUGUUUAUGUAGUCUUAUUUCUAGGUUGUACCUAGGACUUCGAUACCAACUCUUAUACCAAAAUUUGUCUAUAUACCUAAAUUUUUUCAUAAAUUAUUAUAAACCCAUUAAAUAUACAUGUGAAAGAAUCAA